CACAGAGUCAGCGUUUCUUGCGGUCCUUUUGAUUGGUGUGACUUCUAAGUUGUGCUCUAAAACGUAAUAGUCACGUUCUCAGUUUCGAUCACCUCGUCUCAAAAUUACACUUCUACUCGAUUCGGUUGAUUUUUGAGAUUUUCAAGAAUAUCCCGCCAAUCAAUCACCUUCAGAGAAAUAAAAGCGAUACAAUUAUGGUUUUCUAUCCGUUGUAUAAGAACUAUUAGAGGGAAGUUUGAAUCAUGCCCGUUCCCUUCUGGGUAUUGUGCUGCUCGGAGUGUUGCACGUUUCAAGUCCAUCAUCGUAUAAAGUCGAAAACGUGGGUUUGCAAAGUUUGCUCUUGCAAGCAGUCAGUUUUAAAGGUUUUCACAGAAGGAAUCGCUCAAGAAUGUCGUAAAGUUGUACAGAAAUUAAAUAGACAAGGUGUUCUUCGUCAAAUGAGUUUGUAUAAAUAUGGGCUACUAAAUCAUCCAAAUAUGGAUUUUCCCGGAAAAACUAUGCCAACGAAAAGUUCCAUGUCCAAAGAUGACAUAACCUCAGUUCAAAACAUUGACACUACUGAUUCUAACAAGUGUUUGUUAGUAGAGUCUCAGGAAAUCUCCUACCGCUUAUAUCCAUAUUCGAAACCCUCUGGUUCUCAAACAAAGAUGAACACCAGUAACCAAAAGGAUAUCUUAAUUCAGAAUUCUACGGCUUCGAGUCAAACAAGUCACUUUUUACCAACUGGUAAAUCAGAUACAGAUUCAUCUCAAAAAUUUACUUCAAAAUGGGAUAUCUACUUGUAAGCUUUCUUCUAACCAAAAAGAAAACUAUGAAAGAGAUUAACUAUUCUGGUUGACAUUUAUUAUUUCUUGUUAAAAAAUUUCCUCACAUCAUUUCUCAUUUCUAUUCCUGAUGAGUUGAUGGUAUGAUUAAUAUGAGUAGAGAUUUGUAUUUAUUUUGUUAUAAAAUCAACGUAAAAUCGUAUACUGUAU